ACCCGGAAGUGGGUAGGCGCUGGAGAGAGCGCGCCCAGAGUGGAGCUCAGCGGCAGGGAGCCAGCGGGGGAGCCCUGGGUUCCCGACCAUGAAACCCUCGGGCACGCCCCGCCAGAAGCUGUUGUCCAAGACAAUCUAGUUUUCCUUCAUAAAUCUCUUAAAAACCCUUAUGAAGUUUCUUGUUCAGAAAUUGCUGUACUGCAAUGAAGAAAAGGAGAAAGGUUACUUCAGAUCUUGACGAGAAGAUCCAUCUAGGCUACCAUAAAGAUUCUUCAGAAGGAAAUGUUGCAGUGGAGUGUGACCAAGUGACCUGUACUCAUUCUACAGAAAGACCAACUCCUGAAGCUUUCCACUGUUACCAGGAACUUCCUCCCUCUCCGGAUCAGAGAAAGCUUUUGAGUUCUUUACAGUAUAAUAAGAAUUUGCUGAAGUAUUUAAAUGAUGAUAGGCAGAAGCAACCAUCUUUCUGUGAUUUACUUAUCAUAGUAGAGGGAAAAGAAUUUAGUGCACAUAAAGUAGUCGUUGCUGUUGGCAGUAGUUAUUUUCAUGCAUGUUUGAGUAAAAAUCCAAGCACUGAUGUUGUCACCCUGGAUCACGUAACACAUUCAGUCUUUCAGCAUUUGCUUGAAUUUCUUUACACAUCAGAAUUUUUUGUGUACAAAUAUGAAAUACCUCUCGUUUUAGAGGCUGCCAAAUUUUUAGACAUUAUAGAUGCAGUAAAGCUACUAAAUAAUGAGAAUGCUGCCACUUUUCAGUCAGAGCUAACUGAAAAGUCAUCACCAGAAGAAACACUAAGUGAGUUAACUGGAAGACUAUCAAAUAAUCAUCAGUGCAAAUUCUGUAGUAGACAUUUUUGUUAUAAAAAGUCCUUAGAGAAUCAUUUGGCUAAAACUCAUAGGUCCCUCUUAUUAGGGAAAAAACAUGGGUUAAAAAUGCUGGAGAGAAGUUUUUCAGCAAGAAGAUCAAAAAGGAAUCGGAAGUGCCCUGUUAAGUUUGAUGACACUAGUGAUGAUGAACAAGAAAGUGGUGAUGGGUCAGACAAUUUGAAUCAAGAAAGUUUUGAGAAGGAAAAGUCGGAUAGAAAUGAUUCUGAGGAUCCUGGAAGUGAAUAUAAUGCCGAAGAAGAUGAGCUAGAAGAGGAAAUGUCAGAUGAAUAUUCUGACCUGGAAGAACAAAGUGAAAAAGAUAAUGAUGCAGAAGAGGAACCUGAAGCUGGUGAUUCUGUAGGAAACAUUCAUGAAGGGUUAACUCCAGUAGUCAUUCAAAACAGUAACAAAAAAAUAUUGCAGUGUCCUAAAUGUGAUAAAACAUUUGACCGAAUAGGGAAAUAUGAAAGCCACACCCGUGUGCACACAGGUGAGAAGCCCUUUGAGUGUGAUAUUUGUCACCAGCGCUACUCAACAAAGUCUAACCUAACUGUUCACAGAAAGAAGCACAGCAGUGAAACAGAAUUUCAUAAGAAGGAGCACAAGUGCCCUUAUUGUAAUAAACUUCAUGCAAGCAAGAAGACUUUAGCCAAGCAUGUAAAGAGAUUUCAUCCUGAAAAUGCACAAGAAUUUAUUUCCAUUAAGAAGACUAAAAGUGAAAGUUGGAAAUGUGACAUUUGUAAGAAAUCUUUUACUCGAAGACCACACUUGGAGGAACAUAUGAUUCUGCAUUCUCAAGAUAAGCCUUUUAAGUGCACCUAUUGCGAAGAACAUUUCAAGUCACGGUUUGCACGGUUAAAACAUCAGGAAAAGUUCCAUCUGGGUCCUUUUCCAUGUGAUAUUUGUGGUCGGCAAUUCAAUGACACUGGAAAUUUGAAACGCCAUAUAGAAUGUACUCAUGGUGGAAAGAGAAAAUGGACUUGCUUUAUUUGUGGGAAAUCAGUACGAGAAAGAACCACUUUAAAAGAACAUUUGAGAAUCCACAGUGGAGAAAAGCCUCACCUUUGUAGUAUCUGUGGGCAGAGUUUCCGACAUGGAAGUUCAUACAGACUUCACUUACGAGUACAUCAUGAUGAUAAAAGAUACGAAUGUGAUGAAUGUGGGAAAACAUUUAUUCGUCAUGACCACCUCACUAAGCACAAAAAAAUACAUUCAGGUGAAAAGGCUCAUCAGUGUGAAGAAUGUGGAAAAUGUUUUGGCCGGAGAGAUCAUCUCACUGUGCAUUACAAAAGUGUGCACCUUGGAGAAAAGGUGUGGCAAAAAUAUAAAGCAACAUUUCAUCAAUGUGAUGUUUGUAAGAAGAUUUUUAAAGGAAAAUCGAGUCUGGAAAUGCAUUUUCGGACACAUUCAGGUGAAAAACCAUACAAGUGUCAAAUUUGCAAUCAAUCUUUUAGAAUUAAGAAAACUUUAACGAAACACCUAGUUAUUCAUUCUGAUGCCCGGCCUUUCAACUGUCAGCACUGCAAUGCAACAUUUAAGCGGAAAGACAAGCUAAAAUACCACAUUGACCAUGUUCAUGGAAUUAAGUCUCCUGAUGAUCCUCUCAGUACUUCUGAGGAAAAACUUGUGUCUUUGCCAGUGGAGUACUCAUCAGAUGAUAAACUCUUUCAAACAGAAACAAAACAAUAUAUGGACCAACCCAAAGUUUAUCAAUCAGAAGCCAAGACUAUAUUACAGAACGUGUCUGCCGAAGUGUGUGUUCCAGUAACACUGGUUCCAGUUCAGAUGCCUGACCCUCCGAGUGAUCUGGUUCAGCACACUACUACACUUCCUCCAUCCUCUCAUGAGAUCCUGUCACCACAGCCACAGAGCACUGAUUAUCCACGUGCAGCUGACUUAGCUUUUCUGGAAAAAUAUACCCUUACUCCUCAGCCUGCAAAUAUCGUUCAUCCAGUACGACCUGAACAAAUGCUAGAUCCUAGAGAUCAGUCUUACCUUGGAACAUUACUGGGCCUUGAUAACACUACUGCUGUUCAAAAUAUUUCUGCUAAUGAACAUCAUCCAUGAGAAAACAUUCCACAGACUUUUUGAUGGUUAUGUGCUAAUGGUAGCCAAAAGCUGGUGGCUUUUAAAUUAGUAGGGCUGUUGCUAUUGUUUUUUUUUUUUCUAAUUUUCUCUAGUUUCUCAAAUCCUCAGAAAAUUUCAAAUCAAGAAAACUGUUAACUGAACAUAUGGAUAUUUGGACAUACUUUGGCAUAAUAUUUAAAUGUUUUUGUGAUUUUUAAAAUUAGUGCUAAUUUUUAAUGGUUCUUAAACUUUUCAGAAUUAUUAGCUGCUGGUAUUAUUGGGUGUUUUUUUGUAAUCAUAAGUGGAAAUUUUUAUUUAGUCUCCUUUUUUCUCUUUCCCAUCUUACAAAUAAGUCUAAGGAUCAUGUAGCCAUUAAGAAGGAAUGUGAGAAUAUACUGAUAAUUGCAACUGUUCUGUAUCCUAAUUUAAGAUUUAUUAUUUCAUCCAGAUUUUUAAAACUGAAAUUAGAAAUCUGAAGAUAUAAGAAAGUUUGGGGUAUUUCUGUGUUGUCUUGACAUCUAUCCAUAAUUUUAAGUUAUCAUUCUCCUUUGGACUUUAGACAGACUCAGCCAGAAAGCUAACAGGCAAGAUUAACAUGCUAAAAAAAUUUCAGGAUUGAAGUGAUGAUCUGGAUAAGUUAAUUUUGCUUAUACUUCAAUUACUUUGAACAACUAGUGGCAAAUAUAGGUUUAGGCAUUGAAUUAUACAAGCUGAAAAUGUGUUGAAAGAAAAAUAUGCCAUCUUUAGGUAUCUCCAAGGUAAGUUCAUUUUUUGUACUUUAUCGUUUAUUUCAGAAACAUUAACAAUAUAUCACAACAUAUAUCUUCAUCCCACUAAGUAAGGGGCAGUUAAAACUAAUGUACUUAUUUUAACAUGCUACUUCGGGUUUUAUUUCAUUUGUCAAAUUGAAACUGGGAAACAGAACCUACAUAUUUUAUGUAUGAUUAUUAGAAAGUGCCAAACAGAUUGUGAAAUUUGCACCUAAUUUAACCUAAUAUUGUUGAACUAAAUGGAACUACUACUACUUGUGUACAGAUUUACAUCCAACCCAGAUCUUUAUUUUUGCUUUCAUAUAAUCCUAAUAGCUAUAUAAUUAUCCUUGAUUCUUAUUUUUGUAUGAAACAAAAGUCAAGAACUUGUUGAAAGGAAGUAGCAAUUGCAGCAAAACCUCACUUAUUAAAUUCAAUUAAGGAAAGUUCAGAAUUGUAAGAUACCUUUAAAGAUGUGCACUUUCCAUAUUUUCAAGUCAAUUUAAACUUAAACUAUCAUAAUGUUUCCUAUUAGGGUGCUUGAAGAUUAGUCUAGGCAGGAUUGAUUUACUGUUAACUUGCUGUUUGUAUAUAGAGGAUUGGAUAAUACCAAUUUUAAAAGUCCUGUAUUUCAGUUUUGUUUACACUUCUAAUUCUUUUAAGCACUUUUUUGUGUGUAAACUAUAAAGUCUGGCCUGGCCCUUGUGAAAAAAAUCACAAAUAAAAUAGUGAACUUUCAGUGAGUAAAAUUUAACCAGUUAGUAAUAGAGGAAACUUUUAAAGCACUUAAGAAAUGAAGGUACUUUAUAGGAACAUUUGCCAUAUUACUGAUGAUGAAAGAAACAAUGUUGGGAAUUGAGGCAGUUAACCAAAGUAGUUGAUAUAAAUAAUAAAACCAACCUGAGUUUUGCCUUAUUUACCAAGGUUUGGUUGUAAUUAUCUUAGGACCAGUAGGCAUAAUUGCUGUAUUAUUUCUUCUUUUGAAGCAUUCUUAUUUACUUUGUGUGGAAAUGUAAUAUCUGGGGUACUCACAUGAUUGAGCUUGAUUAUAUGAGGUACUAUUAGUCUCUUAGUCCUUAAAAUUGAUUGCAAAAGAUACAUCUUUAUGAUUUUUAUCAUUAAACUGACAAGAUUUUAACUAAAAAUCAUACUAUAGUGAAAGAAAUCUUACCUAAAAAUAUGCUGUGCUUUAUGUAUAAGCUAAUACAAAAAAAUUUGGACUUACAAAAAGGCAAAUGGUAUAUAUGUGUGCGUGUGUGUGUGUGUGUGUGUGUGUGUGUGUAUUAUAUGGUAUAUUGUAUAUUUGGUGGCAAAAAGGGAAUAUUGCAUUUUCACAUUGAAAAGAAUACUGUGCAUUUUGAAGGUAUUUAGGGUUCUUUUAAUAAUAAUAUUCUAAUGCUUUAAAUAUAUGUUUUAAUUGUAGGAAUUGGUUUACGUAGAACUUUUCUGGAACACAUCUCUUAUGUAAAGUGAAUACAUUUGUAUAAUAGUAUUUAGUUAUUUUAGGUAACUUAAACUUGAAUAGUGGUUUACUGUUUUCUAAAAUGCCUUCACAUGUUACUUCAUCUGAACCUCAUAACCAGCUCUAAAAUAGAAAGAACAUAACAUAUUCCUGCUUAGAAAGAAUCUGAUGUUAAGGUUAAAGGAUCUAUUUAAGCUCAUGAGGUCAAAAUGGCAGAGCUACUAGGAAGAAAAGAAGAAAGAUAGCAUUGCUGAAUGCUUACCAUGUGCUAGGCACUGCAUUCUCUCCUAACCCAGUCUUAGAGGUAGGUAGAUACUUAGGAAAAAAAAAAUAGGUGGGCAAAAUAACAAGAAGAAAGUUAAUCUGCUGCCUAUAAUUUCUAAAAGUAUCUGACAGUUUUUAGAUUGGGAAAACCUCAUGGAUUUGGGCAAACUGAAUGUAUAUAAGCUUUUGAAGUUGGCACAAAAAGUAUAAAAUGAGGCCUAUGGUUUUUAGUUGAUCUUUCUAUAAGUUUAAAAUCCAUUUAUUUUGUAACUAUACUUAAAAUUUUGAAUCUUGCAAUUAAGUUUAGCCUCAUUGAGAAUUUUUUAUUUUAUGAGCAUAAUUUAUUGUUUUAAAUUAAUUUCUUAGCAGGUAGAAGUUAGCACUUAAUCUGUAAAUUGAAUAAUUUAUCAAGUGCAGAAAUUUAUUAACGUAAUCCAUUUUGACUUAAAUGCACCAAAGAUUUUUAGUAGGUAUUAAACCAUUUAAAAGAAUUUAAAUUCUUAGUUGUUUGAAUAAAUAUUUGUCCAAAGAAGCACAGUUGAAGUCCUAGGAUAAUGGAUUUUUAAAAAAUCAUUAGUUUGAAUACUAAGAUUAAGUAUUAAAUGUUUGUGUUUGUUUGUAUGUAUAAAAAUAAGAGCAAAAGAAAAUACUCUGGGAAUAGUCAGACUGACAAACCAUUUACAGUAAGAAUACUGUUUUCCUUGAUUUAAUUGAAUGUUAUUUUUUGUUUUAGUGAACACUAUUAAAUGUUAAACAAUAAGCUUAUUUUUCACACUACAUUAUCAAAAUAAUUUUUGCCUUAGAAUUUUUUUAGGUCAAGUUGAGGUUAUUUUUAUAAGAAACUCAACCUAUUUUUUACAGCCUAAAAUACGAUUUUAGGUUAGGAUUUCUUCUUCAUGCCAGCAAGAUAAAACCAACUAUCAAGGUAGUAAGUAAUCUUUGCAUACUUUUAAGUAAUCAACAUUUAUUGUGGAGAAAAGAGGAGUAGCAAAAAAAAAAAAAUUAUAUAUUGGUGCUUUAGUAACAUGAUGGUAGGUCAUAAAGUAAGUACAUUGAUCAUUUUCUGUCAACCUUAAAAAGUGUCAAAACAUCUUUGCAGAGUAAGUUUAAAAUGUUAGAGAAGGGUUAAUAUAUAAUUAAAUAUCAUUUAUUGCCUUUUACUCUGCAGUGGCAAAAAAGCAAUGAAACUGGUGUGUUUAUAUUGUUGAGUUUGCUUCCCACCGUAUCACUCCAAUAUAUUAUUGAUGAAAAGUCAGACUUUGAGCUCUAGCUCUUUGACAGUGUCCUUUUAUGCCAUCUUUCUUUGUGCCUUUUCAAAGUGUUGUAGUUGGUUAGACUUGAAGUUAGAGUGUACUUGUUAAUAAAUGAUUUGUGUUUUCUUUUUGGUUUGGGUUUUGUUUGUUUGGUUAUGGGUCUUAUAUUUGUGUUGCCUGCUGGUUGGGCAAUAACUUUUUUUUUUAGGUUGGUCAUUGUUUAUGUAGGAAAAUUAGCACUAAGUACUAGAAAAAAUUUGGUUUAUGAUUUAUAUAUCAUUUUUUAAAGAAUUUUAUUGUGGCCUUUGUAGUUACUAUGAAGCCACUUUUGGGCCUGUCUCUAGAUGCUUAUUAGAAGGAUCUGACAAAUAAAAUAAAAUGAGUAGUGUGUAUCUCUCUCUUUCUCUCUUUCUCUUUUUAAUAACCAGUUACUGUAACUAUACAGCUCUGCGUGGAGUUACUUCUUUCUUCGGUUUGCCUAAAACUGAACAAGAGGUACUUGUUUGAGAUGGGUUUCUCAUCUUGAGCAUCAGUAUCACAACCAACUGAUAACUUGAGUUGAUUAACUCAGAAAAAUUGAAGACCUUUAACAGUCAUAGUCUAAGACCUAGUGCCAAAUUUAAAGUGACUGAAACUGUAUUCUUUAAGAACAUGUAGCAUUUCCAAAACUUAAGUAGUAUUAUGAUAUAUGUUACUCACAAUUAGAGUAAGUAAUGGAGAGUGCAAAAAUAAUUUUCUAAACAACUUCUAGGAACUCAGUAAUUCCAUAGAUCCUACCCUUUUUUCUUACACAUUUCUCUUGAUAUAGUCUGUAGUGUUAUUUUGGGGACGCUCCCUUAUUUCCUCUAAAAUAUUUUUACUCAAGAUUCUUUGUCCCUACAAUAUUAGCAUGCUUUGUGCUCUAGCAUUAAUAAAAUAGAAAUAACAGAAUUAGGUUGUGUAAAAGAUAAGAAAAAGAUGGUUUUGAUAGAGUUCUUAGAUUUGCUUACCCUUCAUGUUUUCAACUUGCUGUGUUUUGAUCUUAAUUGUGACUUAAAAAAAUCCCACAAUUUUAAUUAAUUCUCUGCAGCCACUUAAGUACAGAGAAAUUAAGGGUUUUACUUAGACAAUAAAGUUCAUAUAACAAUGAAUAUAACCUCUUUUUUGAAUUAGAUUUUUAAAACAGUAAUUGCAGUGCUUGUAUUACUGUUGGAGAUUCUAAAACACUUUCUGCAGAGCAUGUACACAUAUCAUCAUUACUCAGCCUCUGCUUGAUAUUCCUGCUUGCAUUACAGUCAGUCAGUGUACUGUGUGUAAUUAUGACAUUUUUAUUCCGUCUAACAAUCAGACUUUUUCUUAGCCCUAUAGAUAAAACGGUUACAUUGGAUGAGUGUGACUGCCAAAAAAAACCGAUACAAAGCUGGAUAUAUAGCUCCUCCAUGCUGUGUAAUAAAUGUUAUGAUUAAGGGGGUUUAUGGUGUACAUUAAAGUAGAAAUGCUUUUGAACUUGCCUUUAGUCUCAGAUCAUAAUUUUUGUUUUUAAUUAAGAACACUUUAAAAGCAAUUACAAAGAAAAUCUAAAAUAUCAAAAUUCAUCAUUGUCAACCAUGUGUCGAAGUAUCUUGUGAGUUUUAAUAGUUAUUUUGUUUGUCUCAUGUUUCUUAAGUAUAAAUGUCUUUAUAGAAAAAUUCAGUUCUCUGUGAAGAAUAGGAAGUGUCUUGUAUAUUGAAUUAGUUCCUUGUGUUAUUUUGAUAUUUAAAAUAAAUAGAAAGUUCUUUGGUCCUAAUAAAAA